UCUGGCUGCCGAGUCCGGGGUUUCCUGCGUCCGGCCGUCGGUGGUGGGUUCGCAGCCGCCUCAGAGCCCCGCCGCGGGCAGCGAGGCCGGCGCGGGGGUCGCAGGGGCGCUGUUGACUGGCGCCUUUGAGGGGGCGCCCCGGCGGCCAUGUCGGCCGGCGAGGUGGACCGGCUGGUGUCGGAGCUGAGCGGCGGGACCGGAGGGGAUGAGGAGGAAGAGUGGCUGUAUGGCGGCCCCUGGGACGUGCAGGUGCACAGCGACUUGACCAAGGACCUAGAUGAAAAUGAAGUGGAGAGGCCAGAAGAAGAAAAUACCAGUGCCAAUCCUCCGUCUGGGAUUGAAGAAGAAGCUGCGGAGAAUGGUGUGCCCAAACCGAAAGUGACCGAGACAGAAGAUGAUAGUGACAGUGACAGUGAUGACGAUGAGGAUGAUGUCCACGUCACCAUCGGAGACAUUAAGACGGGAGCACCGCAGUAUGGGAGUUAUGGUACAGCACCUGUGAAUCUUAAUAUCAAAACAGGAGGAAGAGUUUACGGAAGUACAGGAACAAAAGUCAAAGGGGUGGACCUGGACGCACCAGGGAGCAUCAAUGGAGUCCCUCUCUUAGAGGUAGACUUGGAUUCUUUUGAAGAUAAACCAUGGCGUAAACCCGGUGCUGAUCUUUCUGAUUAUUUUAAUUAUGGGUUCAAUGAAGAUACUUGGAAAGCUUACUGUGAGAAACAAAAGAGGAUACGAAUGGGACUUGAAGUUAUACCAGUUACCUCUACUACUAAUAAAAUUACGGCCGAAGACUGUACUAUGGAAGUUACACCAGGUGCAGAGAUCCAAGAUGACAGAUUCAAUCUUUUGAAGAUUUUCCAACAUAGUAACGAAUGGGGCAAGUGGUACAAACGAACCUCUAGGUGCUUAUCAUACAGCUUCAGUGAGGACCAGCAUUUUGACAUUCUUGAGGUACAGCAGGGAAGAACUGGAAAUUCAGAGAAAGAAGCACCUCUUCCACCUGCCAAGGCCGAGUUCACUUCUCCUCCCUCUUUGUUCAAGACUGGGGUCCCUCCGAGCAGCAGGAACAGCUCCUCGUCUCAGGCUCAGCCGAGUGCUGCUUCCAGGAAAGCCGCUUCCAACGUCGGCAAGUGGCAGGACCGCUACGGGCGGGCCGAGUCACCGGAUCUGAGGAGAUUGCCUGGAGCGAUCGAUGUUAUUGGGCAAACCAUAACUAUCAGCCGAGUAGAAGGAAGACGGCGAGCUAAUGAAAACAGCAACAUACAGGUCCUUUCUGACAGAUCUGCUGCUGAAGUAGACAACAACUUCAACAAGCCACCUCCAUUUUUCCCUCCAGGAGCUCCUCCCACCCACCUUCCCCCACCUCCCUUCCUCCCGCCUCCUCCCACUGUCAGCACCGCGCCACCUCUGAUUCCACCACCAGGUAUUCCAAUAACUGUACCACCUCCAGGUUUUCCUCCACCACCAGGCGCUCCGCCCCCAUCUCUCAUCCCGACGAUAGAAAGUGGGCACUCUUCUGGUUAUGACAGUCGCUCUGCACGGGCAUUCCCUUAUGGCAAUGUUGCCUUUCCGCAUCUUCCUGGCUCCGCUCCUUCAUGGCCUAGUCUUGUGGAUACCAGCAAGCAGUGGGACUACUACGCAAGAAGAGAGAAAGACCGUGACCGAGAAAGAGACCGUGACCGUGAGCGAGAACGGGAUCGGGACCGAGAGCGCGAGCGCACCAGAGAGAGGGAGAGGGAGCGGGAGCACAGCCCCACGCCCAGCGUCUUCAACAGUGACGAGGAGCGCUACAGAUACAGGGAGUACGCCGAGCGAGGCUACGAGCGGCACCGAGCAAGUCGUGAAAAGGAGGAGCGGCACCGGGAGAGGCGGCACCGGGAGAAGGAGGAGACCAGACACAAGUCGUCCCGAAGCAACAGUAGACGUCGCCAUGAAAGUGAAGAAGGGGACACUCACAGGAGACACAAGCACAAAAAGUCGAAGCGCAGCAAGGAAGGGAAGGAGGCCGGUGGCGAGCCCGCCCCGGAGCAGGAGGGCGCUGAGCCCGCACCUGCCGAGUAGGCACGGCCAGAGGCUGUAAAUCUUGUUAUUUUUCUGGAUAAUGUUCAAGAAAUUUACCUUUAAUCUUGUUCUGUUAGUAUGGAAAGUUAACAUUUUUUCCAAAAUAAAAGUCAAUUUUUCAUGUUAA